AUUUCCGCAUGAUGUGUCAAAACAAAUAACUUCAUUUCAGGCGAUGUGAAUGGGAUAUUGCUUGGAUAUCGUUCACUGCAGUCUGGCUCACAUUUAAUCUGCCAAAAUGGAUUAUUCUGGAAAAGAAAAGGAAGCUAUGGCCAUCAUGGCUGAGGCAGACAAGAAAAUGAAAACGUCGCAUUCGUUAUUCGGGUCGUUUUUUGGGAGUUCCUCCAAAGUCGAGGAGGCCUGUGACUUGUACGUGAGAGCUGCCAACAUGUUCAAGAUGGCCAAGAACUGGAGUGCUGCAGGAGAUGCCUUCUGCAAAGCUGCACGACUGCAUUUGCAGGUGGAAAGCAAGCACAACGCAGCCGUAAACUUUCUUGAUGCUGGCAAUGCGUUCAAAAAGGCUGAUCCUCAAGAGGCUAUAAGCUGUUUCUGUCAGGUCAUUGACAUCUACACAGGCAUGGGACGUUUCAACAUUGCAGCAAAACACCACAUAUCUAUUGCUGAAAUCUAUGAAUCUGAGUUACUGGACAUAGAUAAAGCCAUUGCUCAUUAUGAACAUGCUGCAGAUUAUUACAAGGGAGAGGAGUCCACCAGUGCAACCAACAAGUGUCUUCUCAAAGUGGCAACAUAUGCGGCUCAGAUGGAGCAGUACCAGAAAGCCACUGAAAUAUUUGAGCAGAUUGGGACUUACUCCAUGGACACUACCUUGUUGAAGUAUGGUGCUAAGGACCAUUUCUUCAAAGCAGCACUGUGUCACUUCUGUGUGGAUAUGCUCAACUGCAAGCUGGCUGUACAGAAGUAUGAAGAAAUGUAUCCAGCCUUCUCAGAUGCUAGAGAGUGCAAACUUCUUAAGAAACUUCUUGAUGCACAUGAAGAGCAGAAUAUUGAUGCGUAUGCUGAUGCAGUAAGGGAAUUUGACUCCAUCACCAGGCUUGAUCAGUGGCAGACCACCAUGUUACUAAGAAUCAAGAAGACCAUUCAGGACGAGGAGAAUGACCUUCGCUAAAGUGAAGUCAUGAUUCCAAGCUCAUUCCCCAUUCUCAUGUUCUUCGUCUCACUUCACAGUGAUUCCUUUCUUACCGUGUUUAUUAUUAAUUCAUAUAUGUGAAAAUGAAGGUCACAUGCACAUUAUACACAUUAUUGUCUUAAGAAGUUUUCUCCCAAGUCCUACUGUCUUCAAAGGAAUUUAACCUUUAUCCCAAAGAACACUGUGAAGUCUUCUAGAAUGACACUCGGUAGAAUUUAUUUUACAAGCUUUGACCACAACAUUCCUUUGUUGUAAAUGUAACUCCUCGUAAAUCUGAUUAUUUGAUGUGUUACCAUUUGCGUUCGUGCUUGUGCAGCUUCAGUAGUUGUUUUAUUUAUUAUUCUUUUAUUAAUGGUUGUAAAUUAUCUUUUGAUUUUCAUUUGUUACUGACCAAGUCACAAGGCUUGUAUGUGUCAAUAUUUAUUAGUAGUAUUUAUUAGUAAUGAUAAUUCUAGAUUUAUGCAAAAUUCUAUAACUGUGAUGAUCAGCUAGAAUCAGCUGAUACAGUACUAAUUGCCAUCGUGUUUUCCUUAAUGGAGGAAAUAAUCAAGAACUAAAUUACUUCAGUUAGAUCUUAUAUGAAAUUGGCUUAUUUAAAAACGGAUAAUAAAUUUAGCCUAAAUUAUUUAGAUUUUUGUACCAACACAUACAUGUGUUGAUGGUAAUGUAUUUUGCAGGACUCUAGGAUGUGAGGAUGUAUCAGACCUCUUUCCACUCUGUCUGAAGGUGGCCUGGUUAACUGCAAUUUGUUUAUCAUAAAUAGAAAAUGAAAUGGGCUGUACUUGAGGAACCAGCUUGAAAUGAAACUGGUUUUAGUUUUUCUUAAGUUCAUAUGAAGCUUAAUAUAUUGAUGUAUUACACUACUCAUAAAACAUGCUCAUAAUUAAAAGUCAAACGGUUUGUUAGUUAAAAGGAACUUGAAUGAAUAGGCUUCUUAUUUAUUAAGUAAUUAAUUUUUGCAAUUCAGUGCUUUACGUGUUGACAAUUUCAUCUACAUAUGUUCAGAUGAUUCAGAUUAUGACUAGUCAUGAACCAAUACAGGAACUUCAGCAUGGAAAAAAGCAUGGCAGAAUAGGCUUAAUGUAACAAAAAAUGAAGUGUAACACAUGGUAUAAUGUGAGGCAAGCAGUGGAAGCAUGCAUUAAUUCAUCAAAGCUGUUAUGUUAAACUGAUUUAAAAAGCUAAUAAAUUAUUUGAUUCCCUCAAUUUUUGUUAUUAAUAUUUCAUCGACGUAGACAUACAUACAUACAAAGACAGUCUUUAAAUCGAAAUGGUUUCUUUAAGGAACUGCACUUA